UACAUACCGAAAUAGAAAUCUGAGAGAUUAAUCAAUUAACCUGAGUUGGGGUAUUGUAUUGAGAAUAAAAGAUCUGUUCUUAUCGGGGACUAAGACAUGUAAAGACUUUGCUGUGUAACACAAUUUAAUGCCAGUUAAAAGGAUGCAGCAACAUUAAGACAAUUAUCGGGUGUGCGUUAAAUCCUUCAUUGGACUUGAAACGGUGUUCUUAAAGGCCGGAUGUUAAUGUCUAUUUUGAAAGCCUAACUGGGAAGCCGAUGUGAAUCCCGGCCUUGCCAUGGACUCAGAGAGGUAAUAUGUCCAAAUCUCACUCAAAUCACAGUUCACCUAGACAUUUAUCUGUGCACGGACGAAUAGUUACCCAGAAUUCGACACUGAGUUGCGAGCUUUUGCACCCUACUGGCAGCGUACACUCGCAAUCUGGGAACACUGCACCUUCUUCCAAGCAUUCUGUGUCAGUGUCUGCUUUAAAUGUUGUGCCAUCUACGGAUGUUGUGACAAAGCGUGUUGCAAAUAACGCUACAAACAUUGCUGGUGUUCCACAGCACAUUUCUGAACCUUCUUUACAUGUUUUAGAAUCAAAUAUUAAUCAGGAAACUAACACAGUAGCAAAGAAUCAUUCUAAUUUAGAGAAGGAAUUCAUUAGAUCUGGUCAUACUUCUGGUGUAGGAAAAACUAACCUUAUCACUGGUUUGGAUAGACCUUCGUAUACACAGUUAAAAUCUAGUGAAACAGGAUAUCCUAAUAACAGAAAUUCAUCUGUGAGUGUUAUUGGUGGUGGUGAUGUAGAGCAAACCACAGAGGGGAUAGAAAGCUGUUUUGAAAAUCCGCAAAUAACGCUUCGCCGCACUAACAAUUCAGAUGACUAUAAUCCAGAUUCGUACGAACACAAUAGACUGAAGAAUAAAAACAAGAAUCAUCAAGCUCCUGCCAGUGGCUUUUCGAAUGUUGUAGAUGUAGCUAAUAGAAGUGAUGUGCAUUUGUUGAAUGUUGGCUUAACUUUUAACCCUCAGCACAGAGCUCUUACACAGCAGUACACUGGUUUAAGUUUGCAUUCACAGUCUAAACCCAUCCCUGUUGACAAUGAUGAGAGAUUAAAAAGUAUCCCUCCGUUAGACUUGCGAAAUUUAACUCCUUCUGUUGGAAGUGACGACGAGAAUUUUGAUUCAAUUAACUAUUCUCCACCAACGUCAUACCAUCAGCAAACAUUAGGUUUGAAAGAGUUUGAUUCAAAAAAGUUUUCCAACCUUAAUAUCUUUGACCAUCCUUCAAAAUCAAAUCUUUCAUCUUCUAACAAUUUCAGACCGUUUGACGAAGCAGGGCAAGAUACGUAUCGCGAUCGCAACGCAGGCCCCGAACAUUUGGACGCAAACCGCUCUGAUUUAGCUGAUGAUUUGACUGUUCCUUUCCCUUUUGACACACAGGCCCUAACAAACAAUACUAACCGCAGUGACAACCCUCCCUCACCCCCCGUACAAACUACCCCACCCCCUGAAAAAGAGCCAGUCACAAGUCUACGCGGUAGUAGUAGUAGUCAGGUUUACGCUGUGAGUAAUCCAGAUAUCCAACGCGCCCAAGAAACAUCUCAAUACAGACAGACAAGUUCAAAGGGCGGAAGUCAGGAAGUUAAAUUUAGCGCAGGAUCUCGUAAACCUGCAAGCCGCGACUACCAAAACCAAGAUCUUGACAACCGGGCACCCACACCGUACGCAAGGUCACCGAAAAGAGACUUACCCCCAUCUACGCCCAAGUGGGAACCACCUAGAGAGGUAACCGAGAAAACAGCUUCUGCUAAAUCCAAGGUGACUUUACCACCCCAGCAUCCACCCUUAGAUACAAUCCAUACUCCAAAACCGGAGAGUCGUGAAAAAGCGGAAAACGGUCAAAUUAAGCGUGUGUAUGUUGAGUCGCCUUCUUUCACAAAGGAGGAGGAGGAGGAGUAUAGGUUUGUGAGUAGUCGAUUGGAAGAUAUAGAGGAAAAGAAUACGACCACUUUUAGGGAAAUGGAUCCCAAUAGGAGAGGUUAUGGUGGGGAUGAUUAUACUGUGGCGAGUUAUGGGGAAUCUAGAAGUAGAAAGGUUGAUAGUGGCCGAAAGGGACAGUCUAAAGACAAACCGAGUGAAAGGUAUGAGAAUAGAAAUACUAAUAAAAGACCAGUAAAUGGUGAAAAGGACAGGUACGAAGAUAGGUCAGAGGAAAUGAACGGUGAUUCUGACUUUAAGGGAAAGAAUAAUAGAGCUGGUGGCUCUUAUAAAUCUGGAGACGGGUAUGAUAGACUGAAACAAGAUAGAGCUGAGUUUGACAGGGAACCCAGAAGGGAAGAUGAAACUAAUUUGCGCGGUUUGCGGAAACAGAAUACCGAAAUGGAUGAGAGAGAUUUGCUGUUAGAGGCUGAAUAUCAGAGAGACUUAAAACGAAGAAUUGAAAAGAAUAAAGAGAAAGAUUUGGAACCAAGAUAUGCGCGAAGGGAAAGUUAUGAUAAGGAAAAUGACAAUCCAAGAGAUUCCCUGGAAUACUCACAAGAUAGGGCUGGCUUUGCACGUGAUUCCCUAGAUUACAAUGGUUUCGAACAGCAAGACCAAUGGGGAAAUCCUCCCAGUAACCCAUACCAAGAAGACAUGAGGUAUUACCAAAUGGAAUUGGCAAAACAGGACUCAAAACCUGACUUUUAUGAUGCUGAUGAUGUGGAGAGAAUGGAAAUUGUGAACCCAAAGGCGCCAAAGUAUGACUACAUUGAGAAGAAUAAACAAGACUAUGGUAUGCUUCCUAGAAAGACUUACAGAGAUAUUGAACACAAGAAAAAAGAGGAAGAAGAAAAACUUGAUCACAUUUUUAUCACCCCAAAAGUGCAACCAAAAAAGAAACAUGGUGCAAAGAAGGCACAGUCUGCGCAACCACAGCACAUGGGCUACCAGCCUCCUGAACAGUUUCCUGUGGGCUUCAAACCUUCGUCUGCAGAAGAACUGUGGGCAAAGAGGGCUGCCCAUUUGUCUGAUAAAAAAGAAUCAGCCCAGGGCAACAAACCUACUAGAGAACUUCCUGGCCGAAGCGGUCCAAAACGUUGGAAUACCAAUCCACAAGUUAAGCAGGCGCAGAGAUUUGAACCUCCGGCACCUUUGCCCAAUCAGGGCCAGCUCUUCAAACCCCUGAAUGCUUACCAACCAAAUCAGCAAACAGACGACGCAGGCUACUCCCAGAAUCUUGGCGGUUAUGGAACACCAACCAGGCUUCAGCCAUUGGAAAACAAACCGGCGCCCCCUGUGGCAACCGAACUCCAACCAACCGCAGUUCAACCGUCGUCGCCGUUCAGGCGCCACAUGGAGCUGAAGCCCAUCACCCAAGAGAUCAUGACUGAGGACGGACAGCGUAUCAGUGUGGACAUCAACCUCCGCCUGAUAAGCCCUCCUCCGGGCCAGUCAGGCGCUAGGUCACCACCACACCACCAACAUCAGCUGGCGCUGGUGCCCGUUCAAGACACACAGCCGCCUGGUGAUCACCAUGGUUACGGGGUCCCCUACCAGAUGCAGGACCAGUACAUGCAAUAUGACUACGGCUACCAGGAUGAUGCAGGUCAAUACAGCUAUAAUACAGGGGCCCCAGAACAGGCUUUGGUACCAUACCAUGGAGAGCCAAGAUUAACGCAAGAGGAGCUAGAACUUGCCGACCCAUCUGGAUACUCCAAAAGAUUCAACUUUUAUAAAGAUGACGAGAUCUCAAACACUGAGCUGAAAUCCCUGGAGGAAGGUUACGCAGCACUAUAUCACAAAAUGAAGACAAAAGACCCAAGCGAGCACCCCUGGUAUAAAGUCUACAACAUUAACGACUACAAGAAGAUGCAGCGGGAGGUGCGACUGAAUAGAGGGACCCUGGGCCCGGACCUUGAUACUGAGUCUUACAAAGAUAAGAUGGAGAAACGGCACAAACAAUUUGAGUAUGCUCGCAUGGUGAUGGAGAAGAAUCGCCAGGAGUUGGGCGUGAAAAAACCUCCAAAGUUUCCUAAGCAGCCUGAAAAACCGGGAGAGGAGGGCGUCAAGAGGAAAACGGCACUAGAGUAUGCAAAGAAUGUGCCCAAACCUCAGACCAAGCCGAGACCUAACCAGUACAACUCCUACGAGGUGGCAGCCCAGUUGACCCCUGGAAGUCCCGGCAGAAAGGGAAUGAACUUGUCCAAGAACGCUACCCCCCAGGGGUCGACGCAAACCAUGGACGUCAUUGACAUUCACACCCUGGAGCAACGCCACCUUCAGGAGAGACGGACGGCGGAUAAAAUACGUCAGAACAUGGAUAGUGUGCUAACGCAAAAGGCCCAUUAAAGCCAUAAGAAAAAUAAUUGUGUCAUGCUCUAUGAAAAUGGAGCAUAAUCCAUGUGCAUAUAGUGCCCUCCCAGAUUAGCACAUGUAGUCUGCAUAGGCAAUCAGGGACAGCACUUUCUGUUCUAAUUUGAUUUAGGGACAGCACUUUCUGUUCUAAUUUGAUUUAAGGACAGCACUUUCUGUUCUAAUUUGAUUUAGGGACAGCACUUUCUGUUCUAAUUUGAUUUAGGGACAGCACUUUCUGUUCUAAUUUGAUUUAGGGACAGCACUUUCUGUUCUAAUUUGAUUCAGGGACAGCACUUUCUGUUCUAAUUUGAUUCAGGGACAGC